AUGAAAAAAUCUUCUUCACGAGGUUAUGCGCAAUCUCAUCAGAAUAGGGUAUCUUCCGAUGACGAAGAAAGUCGUAUUGACGAAACUGACGGUGAAUUUAUUGUUAGUCAAGAUGAUGAUGCUGGAGAAGUAAGAGGUUCAACUAGAGAUACAAGAAGAUUGGCAAUGGAACUUGAUCGUCAAGCUCUAGAGGCAGAAAAUCUUGAUGCUGAAGAGUUAGCUUUAAAGAUGACUCAACGCUAUGGACGUCGUCGUGAUCAAAUUAGUCAAAUGAAGUCUAGUAUACCUACACAAUUUACUGCAGGAGUAAAUCAACCAAAUUUAUUCGUUGUUCGUUGGAAAGAGAAAGAUGUCGUUCUUCAAUUUAUGAAGCAAUUUAAAGAAAGUCAAUAUUCACAACAUCCUAUUGAUAUUUUAUCGGCUACUUGUAGAGAUGCAUUAAAAGGAUAUGUAUAUGUUGAAGCCUGGAAAUUAGCACACGUACAAAAGGCUGUUCAAAAUAUGAAUAAUUUAUUUAAUUCUGCAAUAAAACUUGUACCAUUGGAAGAAAGAUCUCAAGUUUUAACUAUAAAAAGGAAAGAAAAAGGUCCUAAAGAAGGAUCCUGGGCUAGAGUCAGAAAAGGAAAAUAUGCUGGAGAUAUUGUCCAGAUUGCUUGGGUAUAUGAACAAAAUUCAAAUGAAGUAAAAAUCAGAUGCGUUCCUCGUGCUGACGAUAAAGGAACAGGACAAAAUAAUAUAUCGAAGAGAAAGAAACCUGCAAAUGCAACUGUUAAAGAUUUUGAUAAUGGAUAUACGGAAAGAGAUACGAAAAUCUCGAAUUUAAUAUGGGAUGCUAAUCCGACCAUGGAUGAAAUUAAAGAAUUUCUUUCGGCGGCCGACUCACAUACCAGAAAUUCUGAUGGACCUGCUACCUUGCCAAUAAAAGCUGUUUUCUUUCCUGGUGAUGAAGUUGAAAUUAUAUCAGGGUCCGAUCGAGGAGUUUACGGUUUCGUUGAAUCUGUGAAUAAAGAACAUAUCACUUUUAAUCGUGCAUCUUCAGGAAGGCAUCAAGUACAACAAGUGACAGUACAUUCAGAUCAAAUAGCUAAAAGGUUUAAUAUAGGGGAUCACGUUCAAGUACUCAACGGAUCUCAUCAAGGAGAAGCUGGAAUGAUUGUCAACAUCGACAAGAACAAGAAUUAUGUUACUCUUUGGUCUGAUAUUACAAAAUCCGAGAUUAAGGUAUUUUCCAAAGAUUUAAAAAAGAUAACAGAAGCAACUGUUUCGAAAACAUCUGGAUUAGAUUAUGCUGUUCAAGACUUCGUUCUUAAUAUUGAUCGAGGUAAAUACUCUGUAUUAGAUACAAAUGGGAAUACUUCGACUUAUAUACGCGAUGAAAUUAUCACGAAGGAAGAUACACGUCGAUUUUCUACAGCAAUUGGUCAAAAUCAAGUAUUAUUGAAAAUUGGUGAUGUAGUUACUGACACAUCUGCCGAAAACCGUGAAGGAAAGAUACUUCACUUUUUCCGUAAAUAUGCUUUCAUAUUAAGUCGUGGAGGUAUUAUUGAAAACGGUGGUAUUUUUAUGGGUUUGGCUCUCGAUAAACUUAAUCCUGAAGUUCUCGCUUCAAUGCCUGCCCAACCCCCUGCACAAUCUUAUAACCGACAAACGGUUACUAUUACCAAAGGUCCUUAUAAAGGGUAUCUAGGGAUAGUGAAAGAUACUACACCUGUAUUGGCUCGAGUAGAAUUGCAUACAAAUUGUAGCAUUGUUAACGUAGAAAAGACCAAAUUGGUCAAUGUUGAUACAAGUCGACCAGUAGUCUUACCGGAGCCUAGUACGAAUAGAAAUACUAGAGAAUUCAGUCCAGCACCUUCAAAUUAUUCAGGUUCAAGCUGGCAGUCAAGUAAUGUUAGAACACCUAAUACAUGGAAUGGUACUCGUACACCAUCAACAUGGAAUUCUUCCAUGACACCUAACACUAUUACUUCUGACGGUACACGUACUCCAUCUCAUGCAGAUGGAUCUAGAACACCCGCAGUUCAUUUGAAUGAUGGAUCUAGAACACCUGCAUGGGAUCUUGGUAGCAAAACUCCUGCGUAUGCUGGUUCUGAUGGUUCAAGAACUCCUGCUUGGGAUACUGGAAGUAGGACUCCAGCAUAUGUUGCAGAAAACCGUGCACGAACUCCGGCGUGGGAGGCUUCAUUUGCUGCAACACCUGCAGCUGCCGAAACUCCAAACUUUACAGCACCAACGCCAGCAGCUGAUACUCCAGGAUUCACUGCACCAACACCUGCUGCUGAUACUCCACUGUUUUCUGCACCAACUCCUGCAAAUUCAGGUAAUCUUAUGAUUCCUGCUACACCCGGUCCUGCUCCAAUGACACCAGCAAACUUGUUACCUCAAACACCAUUUGUACCUGCAAGCACGGUUCCAACGGCUGGUGAUUUUAGGCAGAUCAGACAAGAAACUAAUUCAAAUCCUAAUGAAUGGUUAACUUUGGAUAUACAAGUUCGUAUUAUACCCGAUAAAACUACCGGUACUUCCUUCGAAAACGGACAAUAUGACAACCGAACGGGCGUUAUUAGUAGUCUUGAAUCACAAACUACUUGUAUUGUUAAUUUGGAUGAUUCACAAGAACAGUGUUUUAUAGAUCAACAAUUUUUAGUGCCAGUACCUCCACAAAAGAAAGAAAAAAUCAAAAUGAUUGCAGGGGAUUUCAAAGGACAAUUAGGAAUUCUUGUUGGGGUGGAUGGUUUUGAUGGAGUUGUUAAAGUAAAAGGUGGAAAGGAUUUCAAAAUUGUAAAUAUGAGUAUGAUGGCUAAAUAUGUGGGAGAGGAAGUAGCUGAAGAAUAA